UGGGCGGGGCGGGGCGGCGGCGGGCCGGUUCGGGGGACCGGGCGGCGGGCGCCAGCGGCCGGAGGACGCCCGGCUGCGGGAGGCGGCUCCGCAGCGCCCAGGCAAGCAAACCAAAGCUGCUUCUCCUCUGCUGCUGCUGCUCUCGUUUGGGAUUUGAUUUGCAUAAUCUCCGAGCCCAUUAAAAGAAAUAAAUAAAAAAAAAAAGAGGAGAAGAGAGAAAAAAAAAAUAAAAAAAAGGGCAAACCAAACCCACACAAAACAUGUGCGGAAGGACUUCCACUCCCUGGCUGUGCUAUUGAGGAUCAGGAAGAGCCUUUGGGGCUGCAGGAUCUCGCCAGGCUGAUGCUGCUGCUCAAGGAUUUGGUGCAGGGAGACAAAACUGCUGCCUCUUCCAUCCGCUGAUCUCAACAUCUGCAUUUUCCUGCUGCUGUGCUCCCUCUCACACCCUCUCUCCAUGGACUGAUUUUUUGAUUUUUUUUCCCUUUUUGCGGGGGGGGGAGGGAAGGACGAGCAGAAAGCCAAGGCAUCGUGCUGAGAGGAGCGAAAAUUCCCUUUCUGUCUCGUGUUCUGGUGGAUCUCUUUCGAGGUUAUUCAGCUUUUUGGAAAAGAAAACAUGACGUCGCCAGCAAAAUUCAAAAAGGAUAAGGAGAUCAUAGCUGAAUAUGACACUCAAGUUAAAGAGAUCCGUGCCCAGUUGGUAGAGCAGCUGAAAUGCCUUGACCAGCAGUGUGAGCUUCGGGUCCAGUUACUGCAGGACCUGCAGGAUUUCUUCCGCAAGAAGGCAGAGAUUGAGAUGGAUUACUCCAGGAAUUUGGAGAAGUUGGCUGAGAGAUUCCUGGCUAAAACUAGGAGCACCAAAGACCAGCAAUUCAAGAAGGAUCAGAACGUGCUGUCACCUGUGAACUGCUGGAACCUGCUGCUCAACCAGGUGAAGAGGGAGAGCAGGGACCACACCACCCUCAGUGACAUUUAUCUCAACAACAUCAUCCCACGCUUUGUCCAGGUCAGCGAGGACUCAGGACGCCUCUUCAAGAAGAGCAAGGAAGUGGGACUGCAGCUCCAGGAGGACUUGAUGAAGGUUUUGAAUGAACUCUACACGGUGAUGAAAACCUACCACAUGUACAACGCCGACAGCAUCAGCGCCCAGAGCAAGCUGAAGGAGGCAGAGAAGCAGGAGGAGAAGCAGAUUGGGAAAUCAGUGAAGCAGGAGGACAAGCAGACCCCGCGCUCCCCUGACUCCACCUCCAACGUCAAGUUUGAGGAGAAACACGUCCGGAGGAGCUCUGUCAAAAAAAUCGAGAAGAUGAAGGAGAAGCGCCAAGCAAAGUACACAGAAAACAGACUGAAGGCAAUUAAGGCAAGGAAUGAGUAUCUGCUGGCCCUGGAAGCCACCAAUGCCUCGGUGUUCAAGUACUACAUCCAUGACCUGUCUGAUCUCAUUGAUCAGUGCUGUGACCUGGGCUACCACGCCAGCCUCAACCGAGCCCUGAGGACGUUCCUGUCGGCCGAGCUGAACCUGGAGCAGUCCAAGCACGAGGGGCUGGAUGCCAUUGAGAAUGCUGUGGAGAACCUGGAUGCCAACAGUGACAAGCAGAGGCUGAUGGAGAUGUACAACAACGUCUUCUGCCCCCCCAUGAAGUUUGAGUUCCAGCCACACAUGGGGGACAUGGAGUCUCAGCUGUGUGCCCAGCAGCCAGUGCAGAGUGAGCUGGUGCAGAGGUGCCAGCAGCUGCAGUCCCGCUUGUCCACGCUGAAGAUUGAGAAUGAAGAGGUGAAGAAGACGAUGGAGGCCACGCUGCAGACAAUCCAGGACAUUGUCACCAUCGAGGACUUCGAUGUCUCCGACUGCUUCCAGUACAGCAACUCCAUGGAAUCUGUGAAAUCCACGGUGUCGGAAACGUUCAUGAGCAAACCCAGCAUUGCCAAGAGAAGGGCAAACCAGCAGGAGACUGAGCAGUUCUACUUCACUAAAAUGAAGGAGUACCUGGAGGGCAGGAACCUGAUCACCAAGCUCCAGGCCAAGCACGACCUCCUGCAGAAGACCCUGGGAGAAAGUCAGCGGACGGACUGUGCCCUGGCCAGUGGCAGGCGCAGCUCCACCGUGAGGAAGCAGGAUUCUUCCCAAGCCAUUCCCCUGGUGGUGGAGAGCUGCAUCCGAUUCAUCAGCAGGCACGGUUUGCAGCACGAAGGAAUAUUCAGAGUGUCUGGGUCCCAGGUUGAAGUGAACGACAUCAAAAAUGCAUUUGAGAGAGGGGAAGAUCCCUUGGCUGGGGACCAGAACGACCACGACAUGGAUUCCAUAGCAGGAGUCCUCAAGCUCUAUUUCAGAGGCCUGGAGCACCCCCUCUUCCCCAAGGACAUCUUCCAUGACCUGAUUGCCUGUGUCACCAUGGAUAAUCUGCAGGAGCGAGCGCUGCACGUCCGGAAGGUGCUGCUGAACCUGCCCAAGACCACCCUGAUUGUCAUGAGAUACCUCUUUGCAUUCCUCAAUCAUUUAUCUCAGUUCAGUGAAGAGAACAUGAUGGAUCCCUACAACCUGGCCAUCUGCUUCGGGCCCACGCUGAUGUCCGUGCCCGAGGGCCACGACCAGGUGUCCUGCCAGGCUCACGUCAAUGAACUGAUCAAAACCAUCAUCAUCCAACACGAGAACAUCUUCCCAGGGCCCAGGGAGCUGGAGGGCCCAGUCUACAGCAGAGGUGGAGCCACAGAGGAUUACUGUGAAAGCCCUCACGGAGAGAGAGCCCUGGCAGAAGAUUCAGUGCAGGAUGUCACAGCUGAGCACCACACCAGUGAUGAUGAGUGUGAGCCCAUAGAGGCCAUAGCCAAGUUUGACUACGUGGGCAGGACUGCACGGGAGCUGUCCUUCAAGAAAGGAGCCUCCCUGCUGCUCUACCAGCGCGCUUCGGACGACUGGUGGGAGGGACGGCACAACGGCGUCGACGGCCUCAUCCCCCACCAGUACAUCGUGGUGCAGGACACUGAGGAUGGGAUGUCGGAAAGGUCCAGCCCCAAGUCGGAAAUAGAAAUCAAUUCUGAGCCACCGGAGGAGAAGGUGACAGCCAGAGCUGGUGCCAGCUGCCCGAGCGGGGGCCACGUCGCAGACAUUUACCUUGCAAACAUCAACAAGCAAAGAAAGAAACCAGAGUCAGGCAGCAUCAGAAGAGCGUUCCGUCAAAGUGACAGCCACGGCCUAGGUAGUUCCCUGGCAGAACCAGCCUCCCCCGGGGCCAUAGCCGCUUCCAGGCCCUCAUCUCAGCCCAUUAUGAGCCAAAGUCUUCCCAAGGAGGUUCCAGACAAAUGCUCCAUCAGUGGGCACGGCAGCCUGAACUCCAUCAGCCGGCACUCGUCGCUGAAGAGCAGGAUGGACAGCCCGCAGAUCCGCAAGGCCGUCACCGCCGGCCGCUCCAAGAGCUUCAACAACCACCGGCCCCUGGACCCCGAGGUCAUCGCGCAGGACAUUGAAGCCACCAUGAACUCGGCCCUGAACGAGCUGCGGGAGCUGGAGCGGCAGAGCAGCGUCAAGCACGCGCCCGACGUCGUGCUGGACACCCUGGAGCCCCUGAAAACCUCGCCGGUGGUGGCCCCCACCUCGGAGCCCUCCAGCCCCCUGCACACCCAGCUCCUCAAGGACACUGAGCCCCCCUUCCAGCGCAGUGCCAGCACUGCUGGGGACAUCCCCUGCACCUUCAGGCCCGUCAAGUCUGUCAAAAUGGCCACGCAGGUGAAGCCGCCGGCCACGCGCCCCAAGCCCGCCGUGUUCCCCAAAACCAGCGCCAGCACCCCCGGCGUGGCCUCCUCUGCAGCCCAGCAGCCCCCUGACAAGUCCUGUACUGUCUGAUGCACCCCUGCUGCUCUCUGGGUACAACUCCUGCUGUUCCAGAUGGAGAGACUCCGGCAAAGACAUGAAAAUUCCUAUUUAACGAAUGCUUGGAUUGAAGGGGAGCUGCUGGGAGCUGCUGGGAGCUCCUGAGCGGCCACAGCCUCGUCCCACGUCCCCAGGACAGCUCCUGCCACGCUUGGGAAAUCCACAAUCCACGAGCCACUGUGAAGCUGAGCAGGAAAACACCAAGGGAUGAGUUGGAUUUUGAUGCCUUGUUCAAGUGUUCGGCCGCUGGAAGGAACUUUUGGUGGUGUCCUGUUUUGGGAUACUGGUGUAGUGACUUCUGUAUUCUGUGUUUCAUUUACCACAGGGAAACAAUAGGAUAGAUUUUAGUCUAUUGCAUGUUUUGGUGCCACUGGUUACGUGGAGCUUGGACAUGCCUGUUUCUUGUGCAUUAUUAUUAUAAUAAUUAUAAUUAUUAUUAUUAUUAUUCCGUCGCCCGCUGGUGCCACGGUGGUUAAGGGUCUGUCUCGACUUCCAUCACAUCCUCUGGUUUUGUUUGUUUGCUCCCCAUUCCUCCCCCUCAGGGCCAAAGCCUUUGGCCAUCCAGCCUCAUGCUUUAUUUGUCAUGGAGAAAUGAGUUUACUCUGGAACACUCGUAGAUUUUGUGGAGUUCACCGUGAGACGUGUCUGUGCAAAUAUAAACAAACAUGUUUUCCUGAGCUCUGGGAGCACAAGAAAGAGCCCAGUCAUUGCUUAUGGACAAUCUUCACUGGUUUCCCCCUUUGCUCUCCCAUAUUUAAAAGCAGCUUUAUUGUUUCCAGUGGCAUUUUCAGCCCGUGGGCUCUGAUGUGGUGUUUGCUCUCGGGAGACUGAAUGUAAAACAAA